UGCUCCUCUGACUUGCAGGGCCAAGGUUGGUCCUGGGCAGCAGGGAGGACAACACCAGCCAGAGACAAGUCCCCUGGCCUUGCCCCAGCAGAGCAGGAGAGGGGCUAGGGGCCACCUGUACGGCUGAUCAGUUUUCCCCAGAGUUGGCCCUGCCAGCCCAGGCGAUGGCUGCAGACAACACUGAAGCCCCUCCACUCCGAGCCACCCACCAUGGCUCCCAGCCCCGAGUCCCAGCACGAGGUACUGAGGAAGGCAAAGUGCCAGGACUGCCCUCACGCCGCAGCUCCAUCCUCAGCACCCACCUGGGACCCCUGGCAAGCCGGCGCAGCUCACUGGGGGCAGCCCUGGGGGGCAGGCGCCCCUCCAUCGGCCCCUGGAUGCUCCACAGCCGUGUGAGCUUCUCUGGGCUCCCCCUCUUGCAGCCCAUACUCAAGACCCACCUGGAAAACACUUACAGGAUGCAGCCGGACAAAGGCUGCAAGUUUGACCCAGGGCAGGUGCAGCGGGUGCUGGAAGGAGCCCUGGCUGGGACCUUGGCAACCACAGUCUACAGCGCCCAGGGCAGCACCCUGCUAGCCCAGAGCCUGGCUGAGCUCCUGCGGAACAGGGUGAAGGAGGUGGUACCACCCCGUUACAAGCUGGUCUGCCACGUGUUGCUGGGCCAGCAAGGCCAGCAGAGCCUGCUAGUGGCUAGCCGGGCACUGUGGGACCCAGAGAGCGACAGCUUCGCCUCCACCACCUUCUCCAACACUUCCCUCUUUGCUGUGGCCACUGUGCAUGGGGUCUACUUUGAGUAG